AUGUGGGUGUUCACCGAGGUGGACGACGGGCUGCCGCGCAAGAGUCCAGGACAAGACGAGGACGACAGCGGCUUCUUUGGGUUACAGAAGAACUCUUCUGGCAUCUUUCGGCUCCUCCAGGGGCAUUAUGACGCUCAGGACAUGAUCGACAUCGGGCACUUUGACGAGAAGCCGAACGAUGCCGACGCCUGGUCGUCAGAUCACGUCGCUUAUGAGGCUUGGGAUCCUUUUGGCAUACCGGCCCCAAAGAAGAAGGCCUCACCUCCAAAGGACGAUGGAGUCAAGCGGCCGUACCAUGUGAUCCGCCGUGAGCACGACCACCACAACUCGGUCAAGGAGCCCGAGGACGAGUUUGUCCGCGCGUACGCGACGUACGCCGAAGCGCGCGAGGUCGCGAGCACGUGGAUCUCGAGCCAGUGGGGCGUGCAUGUCGACGAGAGGGAGAAGGGCACCAUCUGUGGCGGGUACGAGACAUACGCUACGUUUCUCGAGGGCGAGGAGAUGUGGAUCUUCGUCCAGGAAGAGGGCACGAGGCGGCUCGGUGGACCAGACGGCACAGUCGCGCCCGAGUCGGUAUUUGUCGUCGUCGAGCGGCGCGGCGCGUCAGAAAGCGCGUCGGGAUCCAAGGUCGACAUCGUCGAAAUGAAGGUCUUCUACGCGUGA